AUGGCCGCCAAACGUUUAGAAACGUUCCGCCUCGAUCCCAUGCCCAUGUACAGACCCAGCCUCGGUUGCAUGGGCUGUAUGUUUGCCAUGGUAACGUCUCGUCGUAGCAACGGAAAGGAAAUUAAGAUGGCGAUGUCCGAUGUGGAUGUUAGUAGUUCUUUGGAUCACGAUGAAGAGCCUUUGGCGGAACUCACUGACGAAGAACUUUACAACCUCGUACAGGAAACAAUGUAAGUACAAGACAAGCUCUGAAGUGAUUAUUUUAAAUCUGGAGGAUGGAUGUUUAGAGAAUAAAUGGAACAAAGGUAUAACUGACUUUGGUCAUAAGUCUUCAGCUUGCUUACUUGUAUGUAGCAUUUGUUGCAACUUUGUUUGGUGGUCUCUAACGGGCAAAAUGUAAGGUUCUAUCACCAUGUUCAUUGCUGUUUCGCAAAAAAGUUGCUCUUGUCUUUUGAGUAAAAUUUACCUUGUUUAUCAAGUUAAGAAUUGGAAGUAAACGACAAAACUUUUAAGUUUGUAAAACAUGUUUCGUCAGAAACUUCUGUCAUCUUCAGUUAAUUAAUGUACAAAUCGUUGGAAGUUGAAUAUAUAACAAGUAGAAAAAUACUAAUUGUGAUAAAUGGUGACAACAAGAAAGAGGCAAAGCAUGAAAGAGUGAGAAUUAAAAGGACAGUUUUAGAUUAACUUGGUGUAAUUGUUGAUUCGAAGGGGGUUGUUUAUCAAGUUACAUUUUGCGAAUAAUUCUGACUACUGCUAGUACUAAAAUCUCGAUUAACCGCGGUAUGGUCCUUUUUAGACAUGCCAAUGAUGUUCUCAAAAACGAGACUACGAUGUUUGAGAAAUUCCUCAAGAGAGUUGAUCCAAAGGACAUUGGACUCCAGCAAGCCAGUAAGUUGUAAAAAAAAAUUUGUUUCUCUUCCUCCUAUCUUUGAUUAUUCCUUGGUGUUUGAUACAGGGGAAGGUGUAAGCGAUUAUUUUAAUCAGUGUUAUGUGCUAAAAUCAUGCUGAUAGAGAUUUACAUUGCAAUUAAAUAGUAAGUUUACUAGAAAUGAUCCAGUAAGCACAUAAUCAAAUGUUUCAUUGAAGCUACUCAAGGCCCAACCCAACCUGUGAUUGAACAAAGUCAUAGAGGACUGAGAAAGAGAUCAAGAUCAAGAGGACCAUCAUUAGACAGGUAAGAGAAUUAAUAAAAUUAAUGUACAAACAAGCAAAGGGAAAUAUGAUAUUUGCAAUGCAUUAUUCCUUUUCCCAAUAGAAAUGUUGUAGUAUAAAUUCAAGUCAAAAUGAUUAUAAAAAAGGGUUAAUUUAGUAUUCUCAACUGAGUUGAUGACAUAAAUUGGCCACCAUAAAGAGGUCAGCUUCUAAACUCUUUAUAGUGGCCAAUUUACAUUAUCAACUCAGUUGAUAAUACUCGAUUACCAUGUUAUACUCUCCCACCGACGCAGCACCACAGUUCCUCUAGAAACUUACCCUCUUGAUAAUAAAAUAGGGUAUCCAGUCAACUCGCCGACUGUCCAACUCACCAAAGCCAACUCGCCGACGUAUAAAAUCGGGUAGAGAUGUUGGCGAGUUGGUCCUCAAUCCAAUACAACUUAUUAGAAGUUAAACAUACAGAAAAGUAAAUGAUAUUUAGUAAAAAAAACACUGGUGAACAUUGGUGAACAUCAAACAGAAGCUUAAACAUUGGUGAACAUCACCAAUGACUAUAACAGCUAAAGUCGCGAACAAGUUUAUAAUUGUGCGACAACAACACCGUAAAGACUCAUCAUGUCAAUCGCUCAGAUUUUUUAAAGAAAACUUGGCUUUUUAGACAAGAUCUUUAGUAAAAAUCAAUUCUUUUUAUUUGCAACAAAGUUUAUAAGGAUCUCAAGGCGAAUAAAGCAAAGUAAACAUCGCCAAUGACUAUAUCCGCUUCAGACGCGAACGAGCUAUUGUGUGACAACAACACUGUAAAGACUCAUCAUGUCAAUUGCUCAGAUUUUUUAAAGAAAACUUGGCUUUCUAGACAAGAUCUUUAGUAAAAAGCAAUUCUUUUUAUUUGCAACAAAGUUUAUAAGGAUCUCAAGACGAAUAAAGCAAAGUAAACAUCGCCAAUGACUAUAUCCGCUUCAGACGCAAACAAGAUAAUUAUUGUGUGACAACAACACCGUUUGUGGGUUGACUUUUUACCAAGCGACUUGACUUAAAUAAAUAAGACAGACUGACAUGAGAUAUAUAUAUAUAUAUAUAUAUUAUAUAUACAAUAUAUAAUAUAUAUAUACUAUAUCCGCUUUAGACGCGAACGAGAUAACUCGUUCGCGUCUUAAGCUGGUAUAGUCAUUGGUGAUGUUCACCAAUGUUCACCAAUGUUUAGGCUUAUGUUUGAUGUUCACCAAUGUUCACCAGUGUUUUUUACUAAAUAUCGUUUACUUUUCUGUAUGUUUAACUUGUAAUAAGUUGUAUUGGAUUGAGGACCAACUCGCCGAUGUCUCUACUUGAUUUUAUACAUUGGCGUUGGCGAGUUGGACCAUCGGCGAGUUGACCGUAAUUCAUAAAAUAGUCUGACUAGUUUUUAUUUCACUUUGUUUGCAAUACAUUGUUGUGGUUCUUAAAAAAAAGAAACUUACAAAUCAACACAGUUUGAAAUCAAUUUGACCUGAAUUCCCUUCUAACCUAUAACAUAGACUCCUAAGGUUUUUAAAGACUUGUUAGAAUGUUUUUGAUCCUUUGUUAGUUGUGUAAGAAGCUGUUUUGAUGAUUUUAUGAAAAGUGUAUGAAAAAAAAACUAAUUUUUAUAUGUAACAAAUUUCCCACCCCAAAGGCAUUUGAAAUUAAAUGCAGAGCAGAAAUGUGACAUUGCCCAGCGUGAACUGGAAGAACUUAGAGAUGACAUUGAGAAACGCAGGGAUGAAUCUGAAAAGAUCCUUGAUAACUUCCGGGUAUGUGUAUCUUGCAAUACAGGGUUUUUCAUAUGUCAUUGAAGGCCCCCUGGGCCUUGAAAUUUAAAUGUGGAUCAUUGAAAGUUGUGGAAACAAAAAUAGAAAAGGAAUGCCUUCAUUACAUGAUUGUUGUCACUUUUGGGACUGACCUCUCAACCAGAAUUCAUAGUAAACAUCGACUGAAAAAAGAGUCAUGGAAAGUAAUGUCAUUUUAUGAUUUAAAAGGAGAACUAACUAAACAAAAGUGUGCCUUGAAUGGCAUUCCAACCAAUGAAAAUCCUGGGAUACUGCAGAAGCACUUCUAUGAAUGGGAACUUGCAAGGCAACUGGGAGGUAGUCAAUGUCAUAGUUUAAAAUAGUCUCAUGAAGGAUGAUUACAUCAAAUGAAACAUAUGGAAAUUCUUUAAAUUGUAAUAGAACAGGAAGGGGAGAUCAUAAUGUUACCAUAUUUUUUGGCUUCAAGGCUGUCAUGGAAGAGGCAGAUAUUCGAAGUGCUGAAAUUAAGAAGGCCUCUUAUGAAUUUGAGAGAGAUGUUGUCAAAGGAGCUGUCAACCAGGUACUGCAUUUGUGUGUGUGUUUGUUAGAAUUGGAGAAAGCUUAAUCAAUUAAUUACUUUAGAUCCAAGCAGUUCUUUUACAUUUUACAAAUCAUAAAUGACUUGUUCUUUUAUUUCUAUUUGGCAGAGAACUAAUAAAGUUAUUGCAGAGAGAGUCACAAGAUACAUUGAAGAUAAACUGAGAGCGAGGGUUAGUCCAUGAGAAUUUGAUUUUUUUUUAGCACAAAUGUACAUGCAGGUGUAUCACUAAAUACACCAGCUAGAGUUUUAUGAACAGUGGAAACUAUUUUGCUAUAUCCAAACUUUUUCUACAUUUUGUUGAAGUGUGUGCAUGUAUUGUGGACCUCAUAAAAUAUACCCAUGUUAGUCUUUGUAAACAUUGAGAAGAACAACUCUGAACUCUGGGCUUGCUUUGUUACCUCAGAGUCAUUUAGAUACUCUGAUUUCAAACUUGUUGCCACCUAUUGACCAAUGUAUUUUGAGUGGAUAUAUAGAUUCUUCAACUGAAUAUCCAAAUGUUGCUUUUCUAGGAUACUACAAUAGAGAAGUUGAGACUUAAAAACUCAACACUGAAGGUUCAAAAGAGGAAACUGCACAUGCAACUAAAGCAGGUUUGUGAUAAAUACUUCAUACAUAUGAGGAGAUAUAUUUUUUUCCACUGAAAUGAACUGAGUGUCUUUGUUAUUCCAGAAAGAAGAAAUGGGUGAAGUUCUACAUGAGGUGGACUUCAAUCAACUGAAAAUUGAAAACCAACAAUACCUUGAAAAGAUUGAUGAAAAGAAUCAAGAUCUACUUAGACUUAAACUUAUGGAUGGCAAUGUACAACAAAUUCUCAACACAUACAAGAAAAAGUUGCACACCCUGACCAUGGAGUCCUCAAGGUUAAAACUAGAAAUUCAGCAAAGAAAUGAGCUGCUAUCUAAGAUUGAUACGGAAACACAUAUGGUUGAAAAGGUACUUUGCUCUCUUCAAUAAUAUUGCUCAUUUGCCUGUGUGUUUUUUAGUUUUUUUUUCUUUCUUUCUUUCUUUUAAGGGCUUCUGGUUUGGGAAUAAUUGAGGUGGACAAUUACCAAAAAAAAAAAAAGGCCAUUCACAGCAGAAGCACUCAUAUGAUGUUUUAUCAGUGUAAUUUUUUUUUUAUACUUCCAGCAAAACAGUAGAACUUGGUUUCUGUUUGGAAUUUUUAGCUCUCACUCACCUUAACCCCAGGCUCUUCAAGUAUACCCCUGGUAAUGAACAGGGUAUCUUGAAAGUGUUGAAGUUUCCUAAUGACUCUGUGAAGUUUUCUAAUGACUUUCACCCUAACCAAAAAAGAUUAUUUCUCAUUCUCCAUCAAACCCAACUUCACAGCAUAUCCAAAUGCAAUUUUUUUUUAACUUACCUGCUCUUACUUUUAAGGAGCGAACAAAAGCAGAGACAUUAAACUCAAAGUUGAAACAACAACUUGCGGACUACAAAGUACCUGAUGUGAGUAUUCACUGCUGUAACCUCUGUUAAGUUGAUACAGCUGCUUUUCAUAUGAUGAGAAGUUAAUAUAAUCUCACAAUGCAUUGUCUUUUAGGUUUUGGAUUAUGUUACUGAACGAGCAGACCUGUAUGAACUCAACAAAACUGUAAGUUCCCAUACUUUGUUUGCUAACCAGUUUUGUGUGUGUAGUCCAUUUUCAGUUUUUUUUCUUGUCAUAAAACCCUUGAAUAGGUUUUUGGCUGGAGGUAACCUUGUUAUGAUAUAGACCAAGCUGUUUUUCAUAGUUAAUGGCUCUCUUGUUAUGCUCACUAGUUCCCCAUCUCUAUAAUAUUGAGUUCCCCCUCAGCCUUACUAUGGUUCAAAGGCUUGGCAAAGAAGCACAAGAUUGUGAAUUGGACUAUUCAAGAGCAUCACUAAGCAUGAACUUCCUUUUAUCCUUAAAGCAGAGGUUGUCAAACAAAUCAAAUAUUUUGUUAAAGCGUUUAAAGGAGAUCCCUUUACUCGUCUAAUAGAAUGAUCAGGUAGUUGAUUAGGUUAAAGACUGCUCUCUUUGUUUGAUUUAGUGUUUUCUCAUAAUGAAACUUUAAUUUUUAUGUUAGGCAGCCAAAAAAUCAGGUUUUUCCAAAGUAUGAAGUUUUGAUCAUAAAUGGUAUGUCACAUUUUACAGGUUCACAUGUGGGAGAGAAAGGUGGAAAUAGCACGGGUGAGUAUAUUGAUAUUUCCAUGCUUUUUGUAGCAUUUUCACGUACUUCUUGGGAUUUUUGUUGUCAGAAUAUACUAAAACAGUGGAUAGCGUCGAAAGCACGCUCUGAUUAGCUACUCAAACAUCAAAUAUAUGCUAUUUACCUCUGACCAACUCGCGCAGGUUUUGUGCCCGAAAAUAUUGAAAUCGUUGCAGCAAUUAAAUGAUUUAAAGUAAUCUUUUUGUGCUAUAGUACCUCUCUAAGAACUAAAACAACUAUUCUCCUCCACUUCGGUGAAUAGUUUUCAACUAUCAGUGCAUAAGAUUUGUUUCGUAGCUGAGAAUCAAUGCUCCUGUCUUGUCACUUAAAUCUUUGUCCAACGACCUUAGCAAUCCUUAGAAAUACGUGUUAUAUACUCAUUACCUUGGCUCCACUUUCUCAUUCAUUGUUUCGUUGCUCUCCCUGCAGAUGGCUUUGAAAACGAAUCAGAAGACUUGGCGCAAACUGCAGAUGGUACAUCAGGAGCAAAACCCCUGGAAAAGCUAGAAGUAACACACAAGUUCCUGAAAUCAUUUUCGGUCGACUAACGUAGUGGAGAAUGUAGAUUGUAAAUAGGGAGGGUUUUACCAAAGCCGUUGUGUAAAAUAUUGUUGGAAUUAUCUUUGUAAAUAAACAGAACUUUUCC